AUGACUCGUCGAGCUGUUACGACAUACGGCGCACCGGCCAACGCCCCCGCGGCCCAGGAGCCGCUUGCGCGAGAGCCUCCCCGCACGGAGAGCCGCCCGAGCCAUAAGCAGUUGUCGUCGGCGAUGCGCUGUCUUGGGAUCUCGCCUGCCUCAUUGCGCAGCUCGCAGCGCCAUGAAUACGACGACGAUGACUGCACAUCUGCGCGAGCCGCCUCCAGAAAGUUUUACACAAUCAUCACGUCCGACCUCCUGAUCCCCGGCGACGGCGAGCCUCUCCCAGACAGCGCCAUCGUCGUGGAGUCGGCGAUCAUCGUCUGGGUCGGGCCGCGCGACCGCAUUCCCCCGUCGUACCGGGAGGCCCGGCACCGGCUCCAGCACGUGCCAUACAUGAUGCCCGGCCUCUGGGAUGUGCACGUGCACUUUGGCGCCGCCAGCGAGGACCCGGAACAGGCGGCCAAGACGUGGACGUACGGGCCGCUCGCCGAGCACCCUGCCACGCAGGGCGCGCGCCUCGGCCGCGAGUGCUGGCGCGCGCUGCAGAUGGGCUACACGUCGAUGCGCGACUGCGGCGGGCUCGGCUGCGAGCUGGCUGCGGCCAUCGACGACGGCGCCAUCCCCGGCCCGCGCGUCUACAGCGCCGGCGCGUACAUCAGCCAGACGGCCGGCCACGGCGACCAGUUCAACAUGCCGCCCGGCGACGCCUUGCUGCGCAUGGGCGUCGGCAGCGUGCGCCCGGGCUUCUUCUGCGACCAGACCGCGGUGCUCGCCGACGGGCCGGACGAGUGUCGCAAGGCAGUGCGGCUGCAGGUGCGCCGCGGCGCGCGGUGCAUAAAGAUCAUGGCCACCGGCGGCGUCGUGUCCCUCGACGACGACCCCGACGCCGCGCAGUUCAGCGCCGACGAGAUGCACGCGCUCGUCGACGAGGCGCGGCGCAUGGGCCGCGCCGUCGCCGCGCACUGCCACGCCAAAGCCGGCAUCCUCGCGUCCAUCCACGCCGGCGUCACCACCAUCGAGCACGGCUCCUUCGCCGACGAGGAGUGCGUCGCGCUGAUGAAGGAGCGCGGCGUCAUCUACGUGCCCACGCGCCGUGCGGUGACCAACCUGCUCGAGUUCAAGGACCAGCUGCCGCGCAAGGUGCGCGAGAAGCUGGAGAUGGUGGACGCGCGGCAGCUGGCGGCGUACAGGCUGGCGGUGGCGGCGGGCGUGAGGAUCGCGAUGGGCACGGACACGGUGCCGGGGGGCGUGCGCGGCGUGGAGAUCCAGCACGGCGUGGAGGCGGGGCUGACGAACCUGCAGGCACUCAAGGCGGCGACGGCGACGGCGCCGCUGACGCUGGGGAGGCAGGGGCCGAGGUCCGGGCAGCUGAAGGUGGGCUACGACGCGGACGUGCUGGGCCUGACGGAGAACCCGGCCGAGGACGUCAAGGUGCUGCAGAGGGGCGAGGUGAUCAAAUGGGUGUGGAAGGGCGGCAAGCUGUUCAAGGGGCCUGGAGUUGGACCUUGGGGGGAGGAAUGA